AUGACCAUGACUACCAUGCCAGAGAGCCUCAAUAGCCCUGUCUCCGGCAAGGCGGUCUUUAUGGAGUUUGGGCCGCCCGGGCAGCAAAUGCCGCCGUCGCCCAUGUCUCACGGACACUAUUCCAUGCACUGUUUACACUCGGCCGGCCACUCGCAGCCGGACAGCUCCUACAGCGCCGCUUCGUCCUUCUCCAGACCGCUGGGCUACCCCUAUGUCAACUCGGUCAGCAGCCACGCGGCCAAUCCUUACAUGAGCUCAGUGCAGUCCUACCCCAACAGCACCAGCUUGGCUCAGACCCGGUUAGAGGAGACAGGUACGUGCCUGCAGAGGGGAGGGGAGGGGAGGGGAGCUGGCUGGGUUCUGUGGGGAGAAAGGGGGAGGAAACGGGGGGAGGGGGAGGGGAGGGGGCUCCGGGAAGCACCAAACGACACCCCCCCCCAGAAAAGAACAAGAUCUGAAAGGGGGGGAAGGAAUCUCGAAGGAAGCAAAACAAUAAUAAUAUUAAUAAUAAUAAUGCUAUCAAGCUACACCCCCCCUCCUCCUUCCCAGUCCUCAAGAGAGCAAGCAAAUUCCUCCAGCCAAACCUCCACGAUCUCUGGAGUUUGCACACAAAGCCACCCCGUGCCCGGCUGGCAAAACCCAGAAAGAAAUUCCUUCCCUCCUCUCCUCAUUCUCUCUCUCCCUCUCUCUCCCUCUCUCCACCCCCCCCCCCCAGAUGUGCGCCUAUUAGGCUCGGCAAUUAUUUAUUGCGUAGCGCUAUAAACAAUGUAUGCAAUUAAGGGUAAUUAAACCUAAAGUGCCACCGCCUGUAAAAAUAGCAAACUUUCUUUCUUCUCCGGCGACCGAGCCUCCGGGACUCAGCAGCCUCUCUGGAGUUGCCGAGCAGCAGCAGAAGAAGAGGAGGAGGAAGAGGAGGAAGAGGCAGCCACCGGGCUCCGGGGCUCCUUGAGAGUGGCGAGGAAAAGGAGGAGGAGGUGAAGGAGGGUUUCUUGACACGGCUGCUCCCGGGGCACCUCCAAGGCCAACGGAUUUGUUGGGAGGAAAAUUUGGGGCCCUUGUUAGGAUUGCCUUCUCAUCAGCACCAUCAACAUCGCUGGUCAUUGCUCAUCCAUCCAUCCCUCCAUCCAGUCAUCCAGUCCCUCACUGGCCCGCUUUCUUGCUUCUUGCAGGGGCCGAGACGGAGAAAAGCACCGUGGUGGAAGGCGGGGAAGUGCGCUUCAACGGCAAAGGGAAGAAAAUCCGAAAGCCCCGGACUAUUUACUCCAGUUUGCAGCUGCAGGCUUUGAACCGGCGGUUCCAGCAGACUCAGUACCUGGCUUUGCCCGAGAGAGCCGAGCUGGCCGCCUCCUUGGGACUCACUCAGACCCAGGUAGGCAGCGCCAGCAGCACCUGCAUCCCCAGAACAUCCUUCGCCCGCUCAACCCCAUCCCUGCGCCCCGAGCAACUUCCUGGCGGCCUCGCCUGCCCGCGGCCCUCUCGGCUCGCCAUAUCUCCCGAGGCCCAAGAGGCAAGAUCCCGGGGGAAGCUGGGCGGGGUAGGUGGUGGGGCUGCUGCUGGUGGUGGUGGGGCAGAGAGCCCUCCGAAGCAUCAGUCGAAAAAGACCUCCUUCUGCUCCACUGCUGCCCCACCACCAGACCAUGUUCGCUCCCCUACCUUCCCAAGCGCGCUUAAGAUUUAGGAAACCCCCAAUCUCAUUGAUGUUUCUUCAAGAGCUUGCCAUAAAAAAAGUCGGUCGAUCUCUCUCUCUUUCUUUAUCUAUCUAUCUUUCCAAACCCCGCGUUAAAAUUCCAAGGAGGGGCACUGGAGAGUGGCAGGCCCGUUUUUAAGGGCAAUUCGGGGGAGAAUGGUGUCCCCAGUAAUAAUAGCUGCCCUUAUCCUAUGCCUGGCUUACUCGGUCUUCCUGAACCCAGUGGAACUAAUUCCCCUCCCUCCCUCAAACAAACAAACAAACAAACAAACAAAGAUGCCCAGGUCAUGUCUUGAAGAUGUAGGUAUUUAGAUCUCCAUUUCUGAAGGAUCUCACCAUCUCCUCCAGCGGUUUAAUUGUCCAUCUUUCAAGUCUUGGAGGAUCCUAUUUGGUUUGGGUUAAAAGAAGGUUCCUCUCUCCCUCGAAUCACAUACAAAGGCGCGCGCCCUUAUCUUCUCAACCACCAUAAAAUCUUCACCUUUGUCUAUCUGAGAAAGAUGUACAGGGUGUGUGUGUGUGUACUUGUCACCCAAAUAGACUGAUCCCCGUUGCAAAAUGCGAUUUUUCUUAUUCUUUUUGUUUAAGUUGCUCCAAAUAAAAUAUUUCAUUUGUCUAGACUUGGGUCCCUCGUGGGCUUUGGAACCUGGGAGAUCCGAGGCCUUUUGCCUCUGUGAUGUAUCACUCUCCUGAAACUUGCUUCUCUUGGAGCAAGGCCGUCCCAUCUUCCUUGUGGCGCAGGAACUUUAAUUUAGGAUGGCGGCGUGAUUUCAGUAACAGUAGUUGGGAUUGUCUUUAGGAUUCCUAGGUCUUUAAAAAACCCCCCCAAAAAACUCGGAUGCUGCCUCAGAUGGAAACUAACAGGCCUUCCUGCUCUCAAUCCAUGCAUAUAUAUAUAUAUAUAAACUGUCCUUGUGGCUCUUCGAAUGACCCACACACUUCGCUGGUGGUGCAUUUACGCAUUUGUUUUGGGGGAGCUAUUUUUGUUUUGUUUUGUUUUGUUUACAGAUGACCUAGUGCGGGGAGUGUGGUUUUGGAGGGCCGUUCCGCUAAAGAAAGGGGAGAAGUUAGUAGUGCGCCUCGCGCGUUGGUAUCAAUCAAGCGUCCCUCCCUAGGGGUGGGGGAAUCACAGCCAAGCGUUGCCUUGAGCCUUGGGCCUGGUACCGUAUUUCUCCGGACAGAGACCCUCUUGGCCACUGGGUGCCCUUUUUUCUAUUGCCUCCCGGAUUGUGUCUGGCUUGUCUUCUCUGCUGGCGCCUUCAACUUUCGUUUUUCUCUCUCUCCCCACCCCUUUGGGGACAGGUCAAGAUCUGGUUCCAAAACAAGCGCUCCAAAUUCAAGAAACUGAUGAAGCAAGGAGGGGCCGCUUUGGAAAGCAGCGCACUGGCCAACGGCAGGUCCCUGUCUGCCAGUUCCCCCCCAGUGCCCCCAGUUUGGAACACCACCUCGACGUCGGGUAAGACCUCCACUGGGACCCCGGCCACUUACAUCCCCAGCUACACGUCUUGGUACCCUUCGGCCCACCAGGAAACUAUGCAGCAGCCUCAGCUGAUGUGA